ACUACAGAAAAGCUAACGGUAUAAAGCAGAGGCCUUUUUCGCAAUCUCAAUCUGUUUUCCAGGAAUUAUCAAAGUGAUUUCCACGCCAGUGCCUCAGGGACGAAAGAUGACAAACAGAGUGCCAUAAGUGACAGGCAAGGAAGGAAGAGGGAGCAUGGAUGUCUUCUGUGGAUCUUUUAGACCAAUCUUUAUUGAUCAUAAGGUGCUGUUGGUAUGAACUCAUACCCAGGACUGUGGUGAAAGGUUCCUUGAGUGGAUUCCAGCAACCUCCUAUUCAGCCAAAGCAAUGAGUUUCAGCGGCGUUGCACCAGCAUCCUUAGGUGUGAAUAAUGGGGGAGCCCUGGCCAGGGAGCAGAAGGCAGAGAAUCCCAAGGUUGUUGACAGUGGCUGUGGGACGCUCUUUAUCUAUGAUGAUGCUAUUGUGUUCUCGCCGCCCCUUUACAGGCAGCGAUAUGAAAUGGUAAAGAGCAAGAUCAAAGAAAUUAGUAAUGGGACCUUUAUGAAGGUUGUGGACAUGGGGAGUGCUGAGUUGGGUUUCUUUAAGUACCUUCGGGAGAUUCCAGGUAUCAGAGAGGUUGUGCUGGUUGAUAAGGAUGGCCAGAAAAUGCAGGAUAAUGAGUACAAAAUCAAGCCUUUCACAUCUGACCAUUUAGUGCUGCGUUCCAACCCACUGACUGUCCGAAUGGUGUGUGGUGACGUAAGGUUUUGUGACCCAGUAUUGCUAGGAGCUGAAGUGGUGACCAUGAUUGAACUGAUAGAGCACAUGCAAGAAUGGGAUCUGCCAGCUCUGGUGAACUGUGUGUUUCAUAGGAUACGGCCAAAGCUGGUCAUCAUCACCACGCCAAACGCAGAUUUCAACAAACACAUCCCGAAAUUCAUUCCGGGGACAUUCCGACACUGGGACCACAAGUUUGAAUGGACGUCAAAGGAAUUUCAGAUGUGGUGCCAGAGUAUCAUACAGACUACUGGUAGCUACACUGUUGAAUACUCAGGGUGUGGACUUGGCCCAGAUGGAGAUUACUGUUCACAGGCAGCUUUCUUUUUUCGAAUGACCACCGAUGAGGAAGAGGCGUUAUCUCUCUCUAUGAAUAACUACUUACGGCUCAAUGCUGAAGAUAUAAGUAAAUUAUCACCAAAUACUAGUUAUAGUAAUGGUGGUUACAUCCUGUCACCAGGAAUAACAGAACCAAGUGCAUUCAAGAUGCUUGCCAAAUAUAUCUAUCCCUAUGACAGACGAACCCAGAGUGAAAAGGAUAGAGACCAUGCCAUUGCUCAGUUUCAUUCAUUGUUACGAUACUUGCGGGAGGGCGGUUCACCUGUCUCGUCAUACAUCGAGUGUCAGGAUGAAGCAAAGGAGCUCAUUGGAGGAAGAAAUCAGAUUGCUAACUUGAAUUGUGACUUUGAAUUUAAUAAAGAGGACCCAGUCUCCUUCCGAGUGAAUCAUGCAGAGAGAGAGGAGGACAUAAGCCAGAAGGUGUUGGAGGAGAACGAACAUGCGUUUACAAUUGUAGCAAACAAAUAUGCAGUGAUUUCCAUGGUUGCCCUUUCAGCCUGGGUGAACCUAGGCCAUGACCACACAAUAGAGACAUCUAUUAUAAGGCUUGCUGUGGAAGAAGAAUGCUUUGAGGUAGAAGGUGAGGGAACAAGAUGGCAAGGCAAAGUCCAGCUCUUUGAAGAUUCAGAUUCCUCAAGUGCUGAAACCAGAGAGAACCUUGAGCAGCAGGAGGAGGAAGUGGAGGUGGAAGAUGAAGAGGACUGGGAAGGAGGAGACUGGUCAAGCCCUGAGGAGUUGCCUUCUUUGGGGGAAGGGAUAGUGAACCCUACGGAGAACUGGGACUGGGGCCCUCCCGAUUCUGACUCAGGUUGGGAAUCUUGAUUUCAGCAGGAGUAAUAUUUCAUUUACAUAUUAAUUUGAUGUAAUUAUUUUAUAUUCCACAUAUAUGUAAACAGUUGAUUUUGUAGUCUGAAUAUGUGAAACUAUUUUGUAGAAUGGGAGCAAGUAGAUAUUGUUUGCCUUUCAUGUUUAGGAGAAAAAGAUUUCUGUAAUUUAUUAUACAGUAUUGGCUUAAUAGGCUUGUUUAUCAAAGUAUUAAAGCAGUUUCAAGGAAAGAAGCUCUUGAAAGAAAAUACAAAAGUAUGUAUUAAAAAAAAAUCAAAAUAUUUAGAUGUUCUUAUUAAUGUUUGAUUAAAUGUAUGAUUUAGAGGGUAUUUCUUAAUAUGCCUUUAUAGGUGGUAGUUACUGAGUAGAAUGAGAAUCAAUGUAUUUGUAUGAUUUAUUUUUUGCUUUUGAAUAACGAAGAAUUGAGAGAUGCAGUAUGUAAUAGCUUGUUCUUGGAAGUAAAAUGGAGAAAGGUGCUAUGUGGUGCUAGGAUUGCUCUCCUCUGCAAAAGAGUAAAGUAGGUUUGUGCAUUAUUCCAUUGUCGGUGAUGAGCGUUACUAUGAGUGUGAAGAUAAGGUGAUUUCGUUUAUUAUUUCUUCACUGUUGAAUGUAGUUUGUUCGAAGAGGAACAAUAUUUUUAUUUGGGAUACUAGUUUAUGCUUCAUGUUGCAAGUGGCAAAAGAAUCUUAAGAGGCCAAUUUAUUAUUUGUUUCUUUUUAAAAGAUUUAGGUUUCUAUGCAUCGGAUGGAUGCAAAUAUAGAUAUGGGUAGAUAUUUUUUAUGACUUUAAAGAAUGAAAGAAAGUCAUAAAAUAUGUUUUUGAAAGUGUUUGAAAAGCAACAUUAAUUGAUGUCUUAUGAAUGUGCCAAAUAUGUAAUCAGUGUUCUUUAAAAGGGAUAGACUUGAUAAAUGUAGGAUUGACAUUAAAAUACUUGUAAGCAUUUGAGAAACCUAGAAGGCCAGCAUGUUUUCUUUUGGCAUUAAUGCAAAUGUAAAACAUGUAUUGAAGAAAAUGAAUUAUUGAAUGAUUAUUGAAUUUGAUAAUCUUAAGCAGAGUUUUAAUGUAUGUACUACAUCACAUCUUACAAGAAUAAUAGCAUAAUUAACUUUUUUUGUCAGAAUAACUUAUUAGUAUGUUUAUAUUAUGAGAAACCAUUACUGAAUGUUUAUUUUCCAACACUUGCAUAUAUAGAUCCAGGAAUAAGAUGACAUGUCAGUUUUUGUAUAGAAUAAUGCGGCUGAUAAUUUUUCUUUCUUUCUUUCUUUCUUUCUUCCUUCUUCCAUCCUUCCUUCCAUCUUUCCAUCUUUCCAUCUCUUUCCCGGCUGUCUAUACUUUAUUUCUGUGCGAUGUUCAUUUUUAUUUGAGGUUAUUUUUCAUCAUGCAUUCCACCUAGGAUCUGCUUAUAAAGUUAAGUAAGUAAGGUAAGCUUUUAGGACUCUGUCAUUUAUAUGUAUUGACUUUUUUGAGGAAAUGCAUCUUAUUUUAUAUUGUGACCAAAAUUACAAUAUAGAACCCAAAUGUACUUGGAGAUUUAUGUUAGAGGAUUUAGAAAAAAAAAAUAUAUUCUUUUCAGGUCUCCUAAAAUCUCAAAAUGGAGAUUUAGUUGAUCAUAUGCCAGUAGAUUAAUAAUUCUGUUAUAGUUUAUUCCAGAGUUUUUAUUUUAUAUAUACAGGAAAUUAUUUUCAGUUUUUAGUUCUAAAAUUACAUAAUAUGAUGAUCAUAAGAUCAGAAGACAAAAAUAAUAGCUUGGCCAAAGUUCUAGUAUUAAGGAUCACAAGGAGGUGAGCUGUUACUCAUAAGCACGUUGGUGCAAAGGAGUGUCACCAUGCUUGUGUACGUGUUUAGAGUAAGCCUGCUUUAACGGUUCCUGUACUAAUAGGAUUAGAGGAAUUAUGUGUUUUAUCAGUGUAGUAUUAGACAUCCUCAGAUAUAGACCAUCACAUUAUUUUUUAGUGAAUUCAUGAGGUGUGUCCUUUUCAUUUACUAGCCCUGGAAACAUUUUUAUAAUUUUAGUGGACUGAAAAGUUACUGAAAGCAAGAACAACACUGAAAGACUUUAUUUCAUACUUUUUGCCAAGGAUAUUGGUUGUUUGUUGUAAUUAUCAUUUACAGUAGGCUAGACAAGUCUAACAAGCUACUUCAUUCACGUGUUACUGAAAACUUGGUUACCAUAAGACUAUGGAUAUUAUUGAUGUUUUCCAUUAGAAUCACAGGAAUGGUGCUUUUUGAUGGAAAAGUGAUGAAAAGUCCAAAUAAUCCUUGAUGGAUGGGAAAUUUGGGAUAAAGAGGAAAGACAAAGUAAAAUGGGUUAUGUCAUUUUCUUUAAUUCUUCCCUUCUUUUUCCUGAAAUUUGAAAAAGAAGAAUGAAAGGAAAUAGACAGCUUGUGUCCCACACAAAUAGUUGAUUGAAAAGUAAGGUGAUUCUUCAUAUUUAUCAGUUCAUAUUCUUAUGUUUUUUUUCUCUCUCUUUUCAUCCUUGGAAGAUAUAGGUGCUAUUUUAGUAGACGAUGUAUUUCAGGUUUUUAUCCCUUUUUCAUAUUCUGGUGCACCUUCCUACGUAAAACCAAGUUAAGCUAGUAUCUAACCUUUGCCAAAAUAAUACUUAGAUGCUUGUACAAGUAUCUAUAUAUUUAGUUAUGUAACUUCCAGAAGUAGUAGGUAAUUCUCUCUGAGAACUCAAAGAAGUUGGUAGCUAUUCUAGAAAAAAAAAUGUAUCUAGCAAGGUAAUAGAUAGCAUGAAAAAAAGCAAGAAUAAAAAAGCAAAGUAGCUGUUAUUUUUGUAGUGUUUACUAAGUAAGGUACUAACUGCCGGCGUGAAACUGUUAGAUAAGCCUACUCUUGCCAUAAAGUUAUUGGUUACUCUCACCAAACUGUGUCUUUCUCUCAUUUAAUUUUCAUAAAAUUGGUAAAUGUCACUUUCUAUUUCCUUGUUAUAACGGAUGUAAUUACUUUUUUUUCUCAUUAAUUGGUGAUUAGUGUAACUAAAGAAUUGAUAUAUCAGAAUGCAGUAUUUGAAUAUUGAAUAAUCUCAAGAUUGUCAAGAAAUACAUUCAAGUACGGGUUAGGUACUUCAGCUACAGUGUGUUAUGAUAUCCAAGAAUUUAAUGAUGUGUUUUAAUUUACAAGACUUGACUGGAUAGCCUUUCUGUUCAUAAAGUAUUUAACACAUUGUACAAUAUGGAUGUCUAAGAUGUUUCCAGUCAUUGCGACAGAGAGUGCAAAAUGUACCUCAACUUCAUGUUAGAUUGGAAAGUUUCUUUGAUAUACUGUACACCAUAUAACCCCCAGUACUUAUGUAUGUUUACAGUGAAGCAGUUAAGGAGGUGUGUCAUAUGUCUAGUGUCACUAUUACAUGGACAUGUAUAAAUGUGAUGAUAAUACAUUUGUAAAAGUAAACACCUCUCAGAUGCAGAUGGGUAAGGUCUAAGGUGCUAGGCACACAAUGGCUUUUGAUGAUUUCUUCAUUCAGAGAAGUAACUUACUGUGAGAAAAGAAAAAAAUAUAUAUAUAUUAAAAAAGUAUGAGACAUUAAACAGAUAUAAUUUGCAUGUCACUGGCAUUUUUUCCAUAAGCCAUAGCAAAGCACCAGUGCCUCAUCUUGAUGCAUGUAGUCUUCACCAUGGCCUGUAGACUAGCUAGACUUGUCUUUGGUGCCACCUUUAGGUUCCUGCUAAAUUAGGGAUUUUAAAGAGGUAAUACAUAGUGUGAUAUGUAAUAUUAAUUUGACUAGUGCUUUAUAUGUGGUCUUGAUAUUGCAGUUAACCAGAACUUGCUGCUUGCAAUUGAAAUUUACCACUUACUGCUCAAAAGCUGAAAAUUGAAGCAAUAAUCACAAAAGUUGGAACAAAUUACAUCAGGUAUGCCAUGGGCAAACCAAAUCACAAACCUUCAGACUAAUGAUACAAAUGUAAACCAGUGAGGUAAACUUCAGACAGGGAUCAUAUCCAAAAAGAGACUUUAUAAGAAAUACUCCAAACCCUUGUUAAAGCUUCUGAUGGUCAUUUGUAUCACAUCAUAAGACCAGAAUGACUACAUUAAGAAUGGUAGGUGAUUGUAAAUUCCCAAGAGAUAUGGUAAACUCUGAAUAUCUGUGUUGCCGUUUUUACACUGUUCAUCUCUUCAGUGUCAAAGAUUGUCUGCUGCAAUUUUUUUUAGGAUGUGAUCUGGUGCUGUAAUCAAAUAAAAGUUCUACAUUGAAAACACAGAAAAUUGUAUUGAUUGACUAUUUAUUGUAAAACAUCACGUAAUAAAGUAACAUAAUU